AUGAAAAUCCUGUGCCUUUUGAUACUUAUCAUUUCAGAUACUUUGGAGAAUUCAUCAACACUCUACAUUGUAAAUAUUGAAAGAAAUGGAAAAAUUAUUUAUACCUGGAAGGGAAACCAGAGAAAUACUCACAUUGGAUUGUACGAUCUUCAAACUAAACAAAAUGAGCACCUCUAUAUGUUUGAGAGGGAUCUUCGCAUAAUCAGUUGUUCGAUCAACAAUGAAAGGACGUUAUUGGCAGUCAGCUUCCAUCAGUGUACAGAGGAAGAAAGAGUAAGUCGGCUAUUACAGUCAGUAUCCAAGUAUUUAACCUUGCUAAUUGAAAUUCAUCCCAUUAAUAAUGUGAGAGUCUUAAAGGCUGUGGAUAGCUGUGUUCGAGUACAGUUUCUUUAUCCAGUUGAAGGCAGAAGUACUUCUACAGAAAGUCACCUCUUGCUAGUUUCAGAUGAUAAAUAUAUUGAAAAAUUUGACAUUCAUGUUGUUGCAGAAGAAGAACACAAAGUGGCGAUUCAAAACUCAGGUCAGCUUCCAAGAGCCAGAGUUGCAGAUGAUCUCAUUUGGGCACAAUGGGAUAUGAUAGAACAAAGGCUCUUCUACAUUGUUCCAAAGGAAUCAAAGAGUACUUUAAAAUGUGUCCAGUUUUAUCCUGAUGAAAAUUUUAACUCAAUACUGGAAUCACACCUGGAUAUUUCUGUAAAUGACACACAGUUAAAACUUGUGAAUUUUGGAUAUGAUUACUGUCAAGACCAAGAUGUUACAUCUAAAUCUUUGAAUCUUCAGGUCUUUACAAGUAAAGCAGGAGGCUUGUGUGUGUGUUGUAGUCUAGCCUCUGAUAUUCCUGAUGAAAUAAUGUACUCCAUAUAUUUUUUACAUAAAGGUUACAACAAAACUUUUACAGUUUCUCUGGAAAGAACAGAAUCUCAUCAAUUGAAGGAAGUGGCUUUUAUGAAUCUUGACUAUUAUGUGGCUGCUUAUUUGCCUGGCCAGUUCCUGCACCUCCUGAAUAUUCAGCAUCCUGACCUGCUGUGCUAUAGUUUAUUUCUGACAGGUGAGGAUGCAAGAAUUGACGUGUUGCAGAACUGCUCUAUACGAUCCCCACUCACGUCAACAGUCUUGGAUUGCCAUGUAGGAAGUAUGUAUGCUGUGAGCAUCAGUGACAGUGCCUUACUACAGUUCCUACAGAACAGCAAACGAGACAGCGAGAGAUUGGCAGCUCUACAUUGUGCUCUGUUGUACUUCCAACACACAGAAGACUUGGAAAUGCAGAUUAUUUGGUGGAUUUCUGAGAACCUGUCAACAUGUCAUUCUUUUGACCCCAUUCAAGAAUUUAUCAUCGCCUCCCUGUACUGCAGAAUGUGUCCAGAAACUCACAACCUGGAUAAACUUUUGCCUUAUACAUCGCUGCUUGACUGGAUUGGGAUUAUCCCUGGCGUAACAUGUGCAACAGACAUUAUUCCUCUACCUGUAUUAGAGUUCCAAAACUCCAAAGGCUUCUGGGAGAAACUCAACUCAAACUUGGAGAGUGUGAAGUAUGCAGAGCCACACUUGCAUUACCAUAAUAAUGUGCUCAGGAGGGAAUGGCGUAACCUUUCAGAAGAGAGAGAGGAGAGAAGAACCACAGCAUAUUUGAGGAAUAUUUUUGAAAAUGCCAAAAAGGUGCUUUCUCAUCUGGACACUUGGGACUCUGAGGAAAGGCUAAUACCUCUCUUUCAAGAGGAAGAUUAUCAGCAGCAAUUACUAAUGGGACUGAUGGUUGCUCAGCUGAAGGAUCACCUUACGAGACAUCUACAGUAUGUAGGAAAAAAGAAGAUUGACCUAAUAGUUUUGGAUUACGUUGCAAACCUGGUUAGUUUGAUUUCAUAG